GUUAGGUGAGGGAAAAUAAGAACAAACACAUAUAUAGCCGUUAAAAUUGAACAUAAUUCUAUUUUGGGCCGUUAUAUAAAGCCCAACAUGUAGAAUGUGAGCUUAUAUUGGGCCUCACGUGGUUUAUGUCGACAUCUUCUCAAAUCUGCUUGCUUUCAAAUAUCAAGGAAUCCGGUUUGGUUCGGUUAAUGCUUCAAUUUUCAAAUGUGAUAUAAGAAACAAAAUCAUUUAGUGGCUUUUUGACUUCAAAUCGGAGAACCGCCAACGAAGAAUCGUCGUCUUCUUCGUCAUCUCCGUCGCUGAUCGAUCUCAUUCUUUCUUAAGGUAGAGCUGGUGGUUUCUGUAAUCGCCGGUGGUGAUGGCUUCUAACGAUCCAAAAAACGGCGGCGGUUUCUUCGCCUCUCUUGCUUCAUCCAUCACCAAUUUCGGAUCGGCCAUGAGUAAAUCAGUGAACGGUUUGAUGGGAUAUGAAGGGCUUGAAGUGAUUAAUCCAGAAGGAAGUACAGACGAUGCAGAGGAAGAAGCAGGGAGAGGAAGAUGGAAGCAAGAGGAACGUGAUGGCUAUUGGAAGAUGAUGCAGAAGUAUAUAGGGUCUGAUGUUACAUCUAUGGUUACUCUUCCUGUGAUCAUUUUUGAACCCAUGACAAUGUUGCAGAAAAUGGCUGAGUUGAUGGAAUACUCAUAUUUGCUAGACAUGGCUGACAAAACUGAAGAUCCUUACAUGCGUAUGGUAUAUGCAUCAUCAUGGGCUAUAUCUGUGUAUUACGCCUACCAGCGUACCUGGAAGCCGUUCAAUCCAAUUCUCGGUGAGACUUAUGAGAUGACUAAUCAUAAUGGGAUCAAUUUUAUAGCUGAACAGGUCUGCCAUCACCCACCAAUGAGUGCUGGUCAUGCUGAAAACGAGCAUUUCGCUUACGAUUGCACUUCAAAACUGAAAACGAAAUUCCUAGGCAACUCAAUUGAUGUCUACCCAGUAGGAAGGACACGAGUGACACUUAAAAGAGAUGGUGUCGUUCUUGAUCUUGUACCUCCACUGACAAAGGUUCAUAACCUUAUCUUCGGUCGAACAUGGGUCGAUUCGCCAGGAGAGAUGGUCAUGACGAACCUGACCACUGGUGACAAAGUGGUGCUUUACUUUCAACCAUGUGGCUGGUUUGGAUCUGGACGAUAUGAAGUGGACGGUUACGUGUAUAAUUCAGCUGAAGAGCCCAAGAUGCUAAUGACCGGAAAAUGGAACGAGUCCUUGAGUUAUCAGCCAUGUGAUGCGGAAGGCGAACCUCUUCCAGGCACCGAACUGAAGGAGGUGUGGAAGGUUGCUGAAGCUCCAAAGAACGAUAAAUACCAAUACACACAUUUUGCUCACAAGAUCAAUAGUUUUGACACUGCCCCUAAAAAGCUACUGUCAUCUGAUUCACGUCUACGUCCUGAUAGAUACGCGCUGGAGAUGGGUGAUAUGUCCAAAUCUGGAUUCGAAAAGAGCAGCCUAGAGGAUAGACAAAGAGCUGAGAAGAAAAGCAGAGAAGAGAAAGGCCAAAAAUUUGCUCCAAAAUGGUUUGAUGAAACAGAAGAAGUCACUCCUACACCAUGGGGUGAUCUCGAAGUUUACCAAUUCAAUGGAAAGUACUCGGUGCACCGCGCCACAGCUGAAAACUCUGAGGAUACAACCGAUGUGAAGUUGACCCAAUUCAACCCUUGGCAAUUCCAAGAUCUCUCUGCUUAAUCCUUUGGUGCCAUUUGUUGUGUAAUGCGUUGUUACUUUCUUAGAUCUUUCAUUUGUUUUUGGUAUUAAUCACCAGUUUCAUUGUAAUUUUCCAUAAGAAAGAGUCUAUAUUUUGAUAAUCUACUCUCUUUGUAAGGCUUUAAAGCUGAUUACUGAUUUUCUGAGUUGUCUUGAAAGCAAUUUUAUGAAUUGAAGUGACGUCGUUAAAGGAGAAACUAUAGUAGAAGGAAACUGAGAAGUUUCUUGGGGCUUAAGCAACUAAU